AUGAAUUCAAACACGAGCUAUGAUCGCAACACAGAAAACAGGACUUCUAAAAGAAAUGAACAAAUUCGGGCAGCAAGUUUAGCUAGAACCUUGCAGAGCUCGGGUAUAGCUGAAAAGGCUCGCUCUCCUUCAGGUUCAGCUGUUCCCCAUGUAUAUCAAAGAUGUGCCAGUAGUGGCCAUGCGAACGAUUCUUCAAUCCCAAUAACCUCAAACCCAGCUUACCUAGCUAUGGCUUCUCGGAUGUCUUCUUCAAAAGGAUCUCCAAGUUCCACUUCUUUGGUGAGCGAAUAUUCGGAAGGAGGGAGUGAAAGGCAAGACAAAAAUAAAAGUGAACAAAUUGACAUAUCGAAUUAUCUCAGCGAAAAGAAUCUAAACCGGAAAAAUCUACCCAUUGCUUCCCUUGAGGCUUUGGUGAAAGAGGGUGUUCUUUCUGAUGAGCUUUCUUUCGUCGCUUAUGACAUCUCUUUUGAUGACGAUGUGUUUCAAAAACCGCAGAUGAUUGACCAUACAACAUUUGAUCAGCUCUUGGAAAUGGAUGAUGAUGACCAGCACGAGUUUAGCAAAAGUAUUGUAUUCAAUUACUUUGAGCAAGCUGAAACAACUAUAAAGGAAUUACAUGGGGCUCUCAAGCAGAAGGAUUUAAAAAAAUUGUCUUCUUUGGGUCACUUUUUGAAAGGUUCUUCUGCAGCCUUGGGUCUUACGGAAAUGAAAAAUGUGUGUGAACGUAUUCAAAAUUAUGGUGCCCUUCGUAGUAGAGAUGGUGCACUUACCGUCCCAAGCGAAGAGAUCGCUCUGGAUUUCAUUGACAGAACUUUAAGUAUUGUCGAGGAUGUUUAUAGCGAUGUCCGUUCUUAUUUGGAGAAGUUUUACCAGGAUCUUAUUCACUAA